AUGGCCUUGUCCACCGGGCAUGUUGCCAGCCAGCUAAGGCACCUCAUCUAUUACCAACUCGACAAUAACCUAAUCCGCAAUGCGCUCUUUCUCGCUGCGCGCCUCCUCGCUUAUGAACCAAGAUCCUUUGAAGCCCAAUAUUUGCUCGCCCUUUGCCAUCUACAUAACGGAGAAGUGAAGGCUGCGUUCGAAUGCAGCCAGGCUUCGGGCUCGCGUGGUCUACAUGCCGGUUGUGCCUAUGUCUUUGCUCAGGCUUGCUUGGACUUGGGGAAAUACUUGGAUGGUGUUACCGCUCUGGAGCGCAGUAAACCCCUCUGGGUCUCCAAGAACCAUUGGAACAAGCAUAGUGAAAAUAAGCGACAGCACCUGCCUGAUGCUGCGGCUGUUUAUUCUCUGCAGGGGAAACUUUGGCACGCACAUAAAGAUUUGACUAAAGCAGUUGACUGCUACGUGGAAGCACUAAAAUUGAACCCUUUCAUGUGGGAUGCCUUCAUGGGGCUUUGCGAAACAGGUGUCAAUAUUCGAGUUCCGAAUAUCUUUCAGCUCAGUCCAGAACUUCUUGCAAUAAUAUCUUCAUCGCCGGAGGAAAUAUCCACAGCGCCAGACAACGUGACUUGCGAAGAAGGGAAUUUCCCCAUGCAACCUCCUGCUAACCCUGAAUCCGACCCUUUUAUGGUCUCUGCCUCCCGUGGCGAGACCGAUGCCACAUUUGGGAGCUCCGCUCUUUGGGAAAAGUUGAACGGGAGCUCUGUCAAUUUUGCUGCUGUGGCACAGCCGACCUUUCACGACGGAAUGGAGACCCCAGGUGCACAGAGCAGUGGCUCUGACGAUUUCCGUAUUGCGAAUGGCGUCACUGACCCAGAAGCUGGAUGGGAAGCACCCCUGGCACCUGCUCGAAAGACACGAACAAUCCAAACUAUGAGCCUUGACCAUACCGGGCAACCUCCACCGCGAAUGCGUCCAACGGGCAUUAGACCUCGAAACAAAACAAGAACCGAAUCAGAGACUCAGCCGACUGCUCCGGUAGAAAGAGACCCCUCUCUUGUAUCGAGAUUCGGCGAUCGCAAGCGCACAGUCUCUGGGCAAGUCGCCCAUCCCCUUCCGUCAUCGCAACCGACUGAACCAGGCGCUCCCCAGCGCCGAAGCGUCCGCCUUUUCAACCAGAUCAAACCCACAACUAGCAAACUUUCAAACAGCACGCUUACUGGCAGAGAUGGCCGCGAAAUGAAGAAGUUGAGAGGAGGGCCCCCGAAAGGACGGGUAGGUGUACCUACUGUCGGUCGUGUCGUGAGUGGCAAUCGAAAACCCAUGGAGACACCCGACAACGAUGGUAAAGAUAAUCGGCCUGGCUUGUCGCAAUCUCAACCUGCCGUCCCUCCAUUACCCAAAAAUGGCGAAAAAACUAAAGAGCUCGAAGCCUUGGAUUGGCUUUUGGGACUUUUCAAUAAACUUGCAUCUGGAUAUUUCGCAUUGAGCCGCUACAGGUGUGCGGACGCCAUUAGCUCUUUCAAUUCUCUCUCCCAAGGGCAGCGUGAAACCCCUUGGGUUUUGUCUCAACUUGGACGGACCUAUUUCGAGCAAGCGAGCUACACAGAAGCUGCCAAGUAUUUCUCCAGGGUUCAGAAAUUAGCGCCCUCUCGCACCGAGGAUAUGGAGAUCUACUCGACUGUCUUAUGGCACCUGAAAAGCGAUGUAGAACUGGCUUACUUGGCACAUCAACUACUUGAAGCCGAUCGCCUGUCCCCUCAGGCGUGGUGUGCUAUUGGCAACUCUUUUUCUCAUCAACGGGAUCACGAUCAAGCGCUCAAGUGCUUCAAGCGUGCGACCAUGAUUGAUCCUGAAUUUGCCUAUGCUUUCACGCUACAAGGACAUGAAUAUGUCGCCAACGAAGAAUAUGACAAGGCGUUGGAGGCCUAUCGCCACGGCAUCAAUGCAGACAAUCGACAUUACAAUGCUUGGUACGGACUUGGGACGGUGUAUGACAAAAUGGGCAAGCUUGACUUCGCUGAGCAGCAUUUCCGCAAUGCGGCCAGCAUCAACCCGACGAAUGCGGUGCUCAUUUGCUGCAUUGGCCUGGUAUUAGAGAAAAUGAACAAUCCUCAAGAUGCCUUGGUUCACUACGGCCGAGCUUCCUUGCUGGCCCCCAACUCGGUAUUGGCUAAGUUCCGCAAAGCGCGCGUACUGAUGAAGCUGCGCGAAUACAAGUUUGCAUUGGGAGAAUUGAAGGUAUUGAAGGACAUGGCGCCGGAUGAAGCAAACGUGCACUACCUUCUUGGAAAGCUGUACAAAAUGCUCCACGACAAGGCCAAUGCUAUCAAGCAUUUCACGGCGGCCUUGAACUUGGACCCAAAGGCUGCACAAUACAUCAAGGAUGCAAUGGAGUCGUUGGACGACGACGAUAUGGAGGAUGAGGACAUAGCUACGUUUUCUCUCGGGGAGUAUAAUUUCUGUCCUCUGACCGCAUUUACCCAGCUCUUCUUAACUCGCCCAACAAACGUCACCAUGUCCUUCGGCUCUUAUAUUACUUCGGGUGUUAGCGCUUUCGUUGUGUUAACAGCCUCCCUCUUUGCGCUCGGUCAAAAAGUGCCUCGCGCCGCAUUUUUCGCCCGGUGCCUCGCCUCCUAUGGCUGUCUCCUCGUUUCUGCCGCGUAUGGUGUGGUUGUCUCGAUCUGUCUGCGGCUAGUUGGAUACGGCCGUGUUUCACAGUGGGCAACAGGUCGCAGCUUCAAGUGGGUGAUGUGGCUUACAACCGGCGUCACGUUCGAGGUUGUCGAAGGCGAAGAAUACCUCUCCACCCGUCCGGCCGUCUUCAUUGGUAACCACCAGACUGAGCUCGACGUCUUGAUGCUUGGCUGCAUCUUCCCGCCAUACUGUAGUGUGACUGCCAAGAAGUCACUGCGGAAUGUUCCUUUCCUGGGCUGGUUCAUGUCUUUGUCCCGGACUGUAUUCAUUGACCGCGCCAACCGGGAGACAGCCCUCAAGGCCUUUGAUGGUGCCGCCGCCGAGAUGCGUGAUCACCGUCAGAGCGUGUUUAUUUUCGCUGAGGGAACCCGGAGUUACUCUGACGAGCCUACCCUACUACCCUUCAAGAAGGGUGCUUUCCACCUCGCUGUCAAGGCCGGUGUGCCGAUCGUGCCGAUCGUGACGGAGAACUAUUCACACGUUAUGUCGCCUCGUGCCUGGCGAUUCAACGCUGGAACGAUCAAAAUCAAAGUCUUGCCUCCCAUCCUGACUCAGGAUUUGACAUCGGACGAUGUGGAUAGCUUGACCCAGUCGACGCGGGAUUCGAUGCUGAAAACUCUUGCAGCAAUGUCCCAUGCACAAAAGGAGAAGGUCGAUGUUGCUCGCACCAACGGCGUCUCCAGCGCUGUCGAAAUCUAA